CACCACAUUGCCACACAGCAUUGAAACCCUCUCUCUCUCUCUCUCUCUCUUCCAACCAUUCCGAAUGUGAACAAGGUAAAUCAACUCUCGAACUUUCCUUCUUUCUCUUCUCUUUGUUUCCCGAGAACACAAAAAAAUCUCACGACACUGCAAUAGUCCCACCAUUCUCCUUUUCCCUCCCAAAUUUCUCUUCAAUCUCACGCCACCUGACCCCCAAAUUACAAACCUUUUUCAAUUUUUUUAUUCAAAUAAAAAAAUUCAGGCUAAACCUCGUUUUGGGUCGGAUUCGAAGUUGUUGUUGUUGAAGGGUAUUUUAUAUAUAGUGUGUAGUGUGGUGGUUUUUUCUCUUCUUGAAGGUGCAAAAAUGAAUGAUGGUAGACAAAUGGGGGUGAAUUACGUAGACGCUGGGUUCCCUUAUGCUGUUAAUGAAAACUUCGUGGAUUUCUUCCAAGGAUUCACUCCUGUGCCCGUCAAUUAUGCCUUUGCUGGCUCAAUUCCUGAUCAGGAAAGUGUCUACUGGUCAAUGAACAUGAAUCCCUAUAAGUUUGGAUUGUCUGGCCCUGGGAGUACAUCUUACUAUAGUUCUUAUGAGGUAAAUGGUCAUUUGCCGAGAAUGGAGAUUGAUAGGGCUGAGUGGGAAUAUCCUUCGACAAUUACCACUGUGGAAGAGCCUGCUACAACAGAUUCUCCACCUAGAAGAGAUGGAGUCACGAACAUGCAGACCAUCCCUGAAGAAUGCAGUCCAAAUCAUCAUGAGUCCAAUAGUAGUAGCCAGGUCAUAUGGCAAGACAACAUCGAUCCUGAUAAUAUGACUUAUGAGGAACUACUGGACCUGGGAGAGGCAGUUGGGACUCAAAGCCGGGGUCUUUCCCAAGAGCUUAUUGAUAUGCUUCCAACCUCAAAGUACAAAUUUGGUAACUUAUUCAAAAGAAAAAAUUCUGGGAAAAGGUGUGUAAUUUGUCAGAUGACAUACAGAAGAGGUGACCAACAAAUGAAAUUACCAUGCAGCCAUGUCUAUCACGGUGAAUGCAUCACCAAGUGGCUUAGCAUUAACAAGAAAUGUCCUGUUUGCAACACCGAGGUUUUUGGCGAGGAAUCAACGCAUUAGCAUCAAGAUGGCAAAAGGGAUCCUUUUUGCUCUAUUAAUUUUUGCUUCUCAUCCAACUCUCCCUCUCUCUCUCUCUCUCUCUCUCUUUCUCUCUCUUUCUCUUUAAGUUUUAAUUUCUUACACGUAGGUAGAUGUAGUAUGAAGAACUCUAUGGCAGCUCUCACAAUAUAUGUUUUGUUUACUAGAAACAACCUAAUGGAGUCGCAUCUUCUAGUGGUUAAUGUGUGAUUUUGUGUGUAUUCAUGCAAUAUAUAUUCCUCUUAGCUUUUGUGCCCC